AUGUCGCUGUAUUACUGGCUCAUUGUGGUAACCGCUUUGCCCUGCGAAUAUUUUGCACAAACACUGAAACAGAUUGUCCCAUCCAUUGCCAAAGACGUGAGCAAAAUCGCUAUAUUCAAAUGCGAAGUCGAAGGUGUAACGAUCAGGAAUAGUUAUCCCCUUCACUGGUACCAGCACAAGCCCGGCCAGGUACCCACCCAAAUCCUCUAUUAUGGAUCAGGCACAUCGCGGGAUCCGGGAUUUGGUGAACGGUUCAAAGCUGGGAAAUCUAAAGACAACGAAUUCUACCUCAUAAUCGACAAAGUAAAGACAGAGGACACCGCCACCUAUUACUGUGCGCGCUGGACAGUGGACAGGGGUGCUGUCAUAAAAAUCUUCGGCGCUGGAACUAAACUCUUUGUCACAGGCAAAAGUGUUAGUACACCAAAAAUUCAAAUUUUCCCUCCGAACAUCACUGAUCUGGAAAAGGAUAACAGAGCGCCCGUCGUCUGUCUCCUGACUGAUUUCUUCCCCGGAGUCAUUAGGGUUCAAUGGACUAUCGGGGAUAAAAAGGCACCCGAUGACGACGUGUUAACAGACGCAGCGAAGGAAAACGGCAAUUACUCAGUGAUCAGUCGCCUGACAAUCACUAAGUUGGACUGGAAUAGCAAAGACAUUCACUGCAAGGCGGAGCAUGAAACAAAUCCAGGAGGAGCCAUGAUUAACAAGGACUCCAGAAUAGCUAUACAAAAACCUGAUGAUAUUCCAGCCCCGACGUGUCAGCCCAGUGUUCAGAACAUAUCAACAAUCGUGAAUGAAGGUCAGCCUCUGAGUUCACUGAAGUUAGCGACUUUUACAUACACACUGUUGUUGGUGAAGAGUGUGGUCUAUUGUGGUAUUAUCUCCAUCCUGUACAGGCUGGAGCACCGUGACGUGAAGAAGCCACUUUAAACUGGUAUCAACAACCUCCUAUUUUAAAAUUCUGAUAAUUUGGCUUUGGCUUUUGCUUGGAUUUCCUGUUUAUACCCAGAGAUUGUAGUUUGCACUAUCAGUUUGUGAACAGCUUACAGCUGUCAUGUAAAUAUAUCCGGGCAGGGUUUUAUUUUCAAGCUUGUGUAUGUGGAUAAUGAUCAGAGCUUUCGGAUGAUUCACUCUACUUGUUAAUCAAGUUAAUGUGAUGUUUUUGCAGAAGUACUGUUUGAUGUUUCCAAUGUUGCACUUCACGAAUUUUUCGCUACAGCUAAAUUGCUGUCUUCGUUAUACGUUCAUCUUGUAAUCUUACUUCACAAUUUUGCAACUUUGACAAUAAAAUAUAUUUCAAACUCA